AUGAAAUGUAUACCGACAGUAGUUCAAGAUUUAGCAUUGAAAUGGUAUAAUCGUAAUUCAUCGACAAUUAAAUCAUGGGCUGAUUUUGCAAUCAAAAUUAAAGAAGAGUUUGGAUCAAAAUUCCGUCAACAAGAGGCCUUUGAACGAUUGAGGAAUUAUAAACAAACAAUCAAUCAAACUGUUACUGAAUAUUAUAAUGGUUUAAUGGACGUUUGUCGUGAAACUGAUCCGACCCCGACAAAUGAUCAUAUGCUUCAAAAUCUGCUAUCAAAUGUUAGACCGUCUUUGAAGAUAAAAGUUUUGGGAAAACAACCCCAAACACCAAAUGAGUUUUUGCAUUACGCAAAAACAUUUGAACAUCUGGAAAAAUUAGUUAAAGAUGAAGUAGCCUUGAGUUCAACAAUUGAAAGAAUGGAACAGCCAUAUAUUGCUCCACCUCGACGAAUACAGCAACAACAACAGCAAACUUAUAAUCAUCAUAAACCAGGCAACAUACAACUGCAGCCACAGACCUCAUCAAUUUCAACUGCUUCACAUUAUCAAUCACCACCGAGACAUUGGCAGCAAUCAAAAUCGAAUUAUUCUGGCUGUCAUAUUUGUGAAGCACAAGAUCAUUACGCCAGAAGCUGCCCUCAACGACAACUUUUUCAAUAA